CCGUGACCCGUCAGUGCAGUUGGUUCACCAAAGGAGCAAGCAUGGCGCAGCGGGACACAGAAUUUUUCGAACAUGAGAAGGAAUCUUUUAUGACCUUCUUGUACAACAAGGAGGCAGGAACUGUGAUGGGUCGUACUGGAAUGUCAUGGUUGAAAAUUGGCACCUUCUACGUGAUCUUCUACUCGUUCCUGGCGGGCUUCUUCGCGGUCAUGAUGACUGUCUUCUACCAGACGCUCGACGUGAACUUCCAACCCACCUACACACCAGGGGACGGCAGCAGCAUUCUCGCUCACCCUGCGCUCGGGUUCCGCCCUCUGCCCCGGAGCGACAACGUUGAGUCGACCCUCAUCUGGUACAAGAGCAGCGACCCUGAGGACGUCAAGCAUUGGAUUGAAUCCCUCAACGAGUUCAUCAAACCAUACGAGGGCACCCAGGACGUGUCAGGCCAGCACCUGGUCGAGUGCAGUGAGGAGAACCUGCCCGAGAAGGACCAGGUCUGCAAGUUCCAGGACACUUGGCUUACGGGCAACUGCCACAAGGCCGAGAGCUGGGGAUACAAGCUCGACUCUCCCUGCGUUAUCAUCAAGCUCAACAAGAUGUUCGGCUGGGAGCCUGACGUGUACACCUCGCUGGAUGAGCUCCCCGAUGAUAUGCCUCAGGACCUCAAGGAUCACAUCGCCGCUGAGCAGGCAGCUAAGGGUGGCAAAAUCCCCAAGAUGAUCUGGAUGUCCUGUGAGGGCGAGAACCCUGCCGACCAGGAGUACGUUGGACCCAUCAGGUACUCUCCUUGGCGCGGGUUCCCCUCUUACUACUUCCCCUAUCGCAACACCCCCGGCUACCUCUCCCCCAUCGUUGCCUUGGAGUUUACCCGCCUACAGCCUUACGUCCUCAUCAACGUCGAGUGCAAGGCCUGGGCUAAGAACAUUGUCCAUGACUCCAAAAACAGGCUCGGUCUUGUUCACUUCGAGAUCCUCAAAGACUAAACUUGCUGUUGUCCUGUAGCUGCAAUCGAUCCAAGCGCCGGCAUCUUACGAAGGCUUAUCUAACAUCGAAAGCUUGAUAUCCACCUUGGCUUUUGUAUAAUAAAUGUAAUGGGAAUAAUAAUGGACCUUCAAGCGGGCCUCCAAAACUAAACUCUUGUCCUGUAGCCGGGUCCGAUUCAAGUGCCGACAUUUAACUCAUGCUAAUUUAACAUCGGAAGCUUGAGAUCCAGCUUGCCUCAUGAAUAAGAAAUGUAGUGAAAUAAUAAACUUUCAAGCGAAAUUGCUGAUGCCUGGCCUGUGAGAUGCCUGGGCGGAAAUUACUUUUUGGAUCAUUGCAUUCUUGUUGCCAGGGACUUGGACUCCAUUUUUGUGAAGUUAACUGCACUCGAGUAGCUUCUUAAGACAUGUCACAGCAGAGAGAAUAUAUUGUUGUGCUACGACGGUAAUGUAUUGCAGGCUAAGGUCUGAAUGAAAUGAAUGAUGUUCUUGGCAAACAAGAGCUGGUCUGGUUGAAGCUUACAUUGAAUGACCUGUCGCUUAUUUCCAUUAGAUUCAAUUUGUUUUGUUGAUAAUGGUAACACAGGUCAUUCGAUAAGGUGCUAUCAAGAAUGUAAAUUCUUUCAAGCAAUUCAACUAAACCAUGCUCUGAUUUACUACGAUGUUAGCGAGCGAGGAUUAACUACCUAUACUGAAUUUAUUUUAAUUCCAUGAGAAUAAGAUGUGAGCGUCAUCAGUUGCACCUUGCAGCGUUGUAAGGCAACGCAUCAUUUUGACGACUCUUUCAUUCUUUUAACACCUCUUUUUUUGCUCCCCAUUUAAUGACGGCCCGCUGGUUUAGUAACCAUUUUAAUUGUUCAUCAUUCCCGUCGUGUUGUAAAUUUCUCCAGCGCAUAGAAAGACAAUGAAAUGGUCAUGGCAGGGUGGGAGUAAUUUAUCGUUCCACAUUUCUUACGUAAAAUUUUUUAAUGAAUGACAGUUCGGGAUUGAUGAAUCGUGUGCUGGAAAUUAUAUUGGUCUCGUUUUUUUUAAUUAUUUUUCGAAUGAUUUGAAGUUGACGCAAGAGAAUGGAAGAGCCGGCACUGCUUGGCGCAUCUGUAGUACGUUCUAAGCAAGCCUUAGUAAUAGAUAAUUGUUAUAGACUCAACUGAUGUCGAUGUAAUAUUAUUUUUUUGGCAAUGAAGUGGUUUGAAUAAUGCAAUGUUUACAACAUAGAAAAUCUACCCUAUAUGAAGCUUCUAUGGAGAAAUUUUAUUUUCUGAUUAAGUGUACAAAUAAGAUCCAAUUGUAAGUUGCUUAUAAGAGACCUUAUCGAAGUAUCAAUUUAGACGAAGCAUUUCAGCUUUGUUUCCGGUCUAUUCUAUAUUUUCUUAAAAGGGAUGUCGUCUUGGUUUUGAGUUGAAAAAUUUUGUUGUCCUCUGUACUACAUUCAUUGUAAAUUCUUCAUUUUGACGGAACUUAAUGUUAUUGACUCGUGUUAUUUUGGUUGUCUUGGAACGGUUGAGCUUUCUGUUACCUAGAGUACUCGCCUGCUAGUUAGGCCCAACAUUUUGAGUAGCUACCAUGUCUGUUUACAGCGAGCAUAAUUUGCUGCAAGUCCUCCACUUUCUGGGAGACUCGCUUCAUUUUAUGAAGAUUCAACCCGUUUAGGUGUUAGCAUGUCGUGUUUCGGUCCGUGGACUAAGAUGCAUAAAGCAUCCUUUUUGUUUAACGUUUAAUUACCUAUCUAAGAACAUUUGGGUGUUUUCAUUGAUAUGAUAUGAUAUGAUUCUGGCCGUAUUUCUCCUCUAUUCAGCAUUCGGUAAUGAUUAUUCUUCCUUUUUCAGCGCGUUCAUUCAACUCCUCUUCCAAACUUGGAUUGAAAGAGUGCCUGAAAUUUUCAUGAGAAAAGUGCUCGGUAAUUCUACUCACUUAUUUGCUAACCUCUCGUCUUCUACUCGUCUUCGGAACUCUGGAUGGUUUUUACUGAUGGUUCCUCGAUUUGAGCAUCUGGUUUUUAGUAUAGAACAUUUAUUACAUAAGUACGGUAUUCUCUAUUUUAGAUCGGACUUGCACUAAGAGCAUCUAAUGUAAUUGAACUAAGUACAUCAAAGCACUAAAUAAAAGGAGCUCUGAACACUUUCAUAUAAGAAAUUUAGUAUUUAGAAAUGUUUGAGAGGUACGACAGCUUUGCUUGAUUCAACUGGCUCAUUAGAUGCCUCUUCUUAACCCAUAGAAUUGUUCUUGCUGCCCUGUAUCAAUCAGAAAGACCAGAGUGUUGUUUUGAAUGGAGUGUUAGUGACAUGUCAAUCGCGUGUGAAGUUGUAGCAUCUUCAGGCCUAGAUGCUAGAUGCUCGGCUUGUACAGUUUAUGUCUGAUCUCUUGCUGAGCCUCAGUAGAACGCUUGUUGCGGGCGGUUGGAUGUAAAAUAUAAGACGCUACUCUUGAAAUUAUCACUUCAUUGAUGUGUUUCUCAUCACUUCGAUCUUUCUGUAACAGUCUUCAUAUUCCAUGCAACCUCAUUCCUUGCAAGCUUGAGGCAUUCCCGAAAUACUGGUUCCGAGAGGCCAUUUCUCGAAUAUUUUCCAUGAAGUGCUGCUGAAACUUCUUCACAUUCGUACGGUAGAGUUUCUGAACUCAGCGCAAGUGUGGCCUAUUGCACAGUCUUCUUUACCUCGACCUUCAUUCCUGGGCUCAUUCCAGCUCGAUGUGUGUAUUUAUUUGAAUUCAUUUAUUUAACUAAUGAUCUAAAAUGAAUUUAGUAGCUGAUAAUUCCCUAAAACCAUUCUUCACUAAGUGAUGACUAAAUAGCGAGUUAAUCUCUUCAAACGUGAAUUUUUGGUUUUAAUGUACAGGAGUUAAUAUUUCGCUUUAAUGACUCAUUUUUAACCUGCAAUGUUUCAUUCCCAUGUGUAGUAGUUUCUUUGUUACUGUUUACCACAUGUCUUGAUGAAUGCUUCCUCUGAAUAUUGCUUCUGUUGAAAGGAUUCUUCAAAUUCCACCUGAAGAUGGCCGGCCAGACGAAGACAAUUAUUAACGUGUCGCUGGUCACGAAUUUCCUUAUGCUAAAGUUGAGUUGCCGAGCGGCCGUGACGCCAGGGGGCCGAGUUUCACUUCCAAAACAGUAACAUAAAAUUCAAAAAAUAUUUAUCUUUAAGUUUAGGAUUAAGGUAAUUCUACUCGGGUUGUAAUGUUCUCUUACUCCUCGUCGAUCACAGCCCUGGGAGGUUACUAAAACCGCCGAUUUGGCUCGACAGGAUUAUUGGAACGUUCAUUCGAGUAACUUCGGGAGCACGAAAAUAACAGGUGUUACCGUUCCUGGCGAGUACUCACCUUUUCUAUUCGUGUGUCCGAUAAAAGAGGAAUGCGUCUGGCUAGUCUUGAACCUCAAGAACUCUUUUUCGCGUAUUUAGGAGAGACUUCUCUCUCCAUCGACUGAAUUCGCAGUCGUGAACCUUAAGAGAUUUCUUGCGUACUUUGCAGAGAUUUCUUUCUCAACUGAAUUCGCAUCGGGAAACUGUCCUCGAGGUACAAAUUAAAAUUUUCAGCAGUGCUGGAAAGAUCGCCGACUUAGCCUCAUGCGUCCCGACAAUUUCUCUGCAUUCAGGAGUUGCGUGUCGCUUUUAAUUGCGAUGAAAGGAGUUUAGUAUAACUGGCGAACUACUUUUUUACCCACGAUGGGAGCUCUCGAUCUUGCUGCUCGACAGCUCCUGUCGGUUUUGGGCGGUCGACAUUAUGUUUUAUCUACGACAGCUUCGAAUUUUCGCUCCUAUACUGGAUCCAAAUAUGUACUCAUUCCUUGAUUACCUUGAUUUUUGACAUGCUUUCAAAAGACUGUGCUGAAGCUUGUGAAAAGCCCACCUCAAAACCGUGCCAGUUCAUUAGGCUUCGGGUUGUGGUACUCUCGGCAUGCCUCAUUAAUGCUUGAAAUGUCGACUCUCAGAGACGUGGUUCUCGCUGUCGUGACCGAGAAAGCGAGCUGCUGUUUCCGUACCUAAAUUCCAGUGACUUUGUUGCGUUUUCUCCUGAUAGCAGAGAACGAAUUUGAUGAUGAUGAAUGAUGAUGAUGAUUAAAGUUGCCUUGACUCUGACGUACAGCCACUGCUUGUACAAGUGUUGUAAGUAAUUCAUAUUUGUUCAAGUUGAGUCUUAUGACUUGGAGAGAGAUUCCAGAAUUUUGUGUAUCUCUCCGAGGGCAUUGAAUGCCAUCGACGUAUAUGGUUAACUAAACUUAUUGAUGCAUUGUUGCGAAAAUUCCAGGUUAUAAAUUGUUUAAUAGAGGUAUUCCAUUAAAUGAAAGUUGAUCACCUACAUGGAACGUUGUCUCCUUUUUAGUUCGAAUUCAAUAGUUUGUGGAAAUUUCGUUCAAUAUUUUGUUUAAAAAAGUAUGAAAGAUGAAGGAUUACACUACACUUGCAUGAGCAGUUGCGUGACUGCAGGCCAAGUGCCGUCCGCCGCUCCUUCCAGGGAAGGUCUGGCGAUGAGUCCCUUAAGGGGACGACCUAACGGGGAUCUCCUCGAAGACUCACUCUCAGUCACGUAAUUUACGUGCACAGUUCUCUACUUCAGUGUUGCUCCCUUCGCGUACAAAUCGUUGUGUCUCCAAAAGAAAAUACAUUUACCGCCUUUAGUGACAUGAAAAUGCGGAUGUCUACAUUAUUUCGUUAGCUCACGGUGCGUUAGCUGCAUGAAGUUGGUGCGAUCAUGUUCACCAGCUCUUUUAUUAUUUCUCAAGUACGACCACGCGACUCGUGCGAGUGCCUGUUAUAAUGAUUUCACUGCCGUUAAAAUAUUGCGAUUGCCCUAUCAGUGGAGGUUCUUUCAAGUUUCUGUACUAUUUUCCUUCGCUGACAUAAUACUUUUCGUGCGUGAAGACCUCUCGCGGCUGUUGUUUGCUCUUGUGUUCAUUUCAAGAAUACAAUGAGCUUAUGAUUUGUUCUCAAGCUCACUCGUUUCUGUUCUAAGUGUGAAAUCUGUUGCUCAUAUUUGCUACUUAAAAAUCCGAGUCGUCCAACUCCUGGAAUCUACUGAGCAUUGCUCCAUCUUGGAGUAGGAAAGUCGGCUUCAGAGAUGAAAACCCGCGCGUGAUGCGACGACAGAAACUUGGCAGAAACGAGGACUUUACAAGAGCAGACAACAGUCUCGUUGAGGUAAAAAAUUAAUUAAUACGCAACAAGAUGUAAAGCGAGUGCUAGUCAGAGGUCCUACAUAGGAGACGCAGGUUCCUUGCGAGCGGUCACUCUAGAUUCGACUGGAAUAACUCUUUUUGAGGGUCAAUCAUGAAAGCCUUGCAGUGUGAUUGGCCAUGGCUCUUUGAAUUGAGACCUCGUGUGGAAACUUUAACCGAAGCAAGAUUCAAUUGAAAAUAAAUUAGAAGGAAGCAUCCAUCAGGGUUCAGGUGGACUAUAGUUUUUAUGCGUGCAUGUUCAUUUUCCAGUUUGUACCCAUCCGUGUUGAAGAACAAAUGUGUUGUUACAAUAAUAUAUAGCGACUGACACGUGGAACUACUACUCGUGUCGCAUGAUCAUUUUGGCUUUCCAAGCUUGCAAGUGUAUUGAAGACUGUGUAAUUGUGCAAUUUAUUUCGAAGAAAUCUGUCUCUCA